AUGUAUGGAAUGGUGAGGGCACCAUUUUUAGCAACUCGUACGUUGAAACAAAUAGCGAUUGAAGAGGGAGAAAAUUAUCCUCUAGCUGCAUCCGUCAGUGAAGAUGACUUUUAUAUGGAUGGCGUGUUAACCGGUUCUGAUAAUUUAUAUAUUGCCAAAGAAAUUCAAAGGCAGUUAAGUGAUAUCUUGGAAAAUUCUGGCAUUCAACUGCACAAAUGGCAUAGUAAUUGUGAAGACUUAGUAUCAAGUAGUGAAGAAAUCUAUAAUUUUACACACUCCGAGGAAACGCAAGUUUUAGGAGUUUCUUGGAACACCAAAAAGGACAGCCUUUACUUUAAAGUCGAUUUCAAGCCGUCUCAAAGGAAAGAUUGUCGAGUCACAAAACGCUGCGUUUUAUCCACUAUAGCAAGACUUUUCGAUCCUCUUGGAUUACUAGGACCUGUAGUGACGAAUUCAAAAAUAUUGUUAUGA